CCCCCCCCACACAAAAUUUAAAAAUCCCAAGCCCCAAAUUCCUCGGAAAUAUCUCGAACUUAAACCCCGAAACAGAAACCACCACAGUCCACAUCCACAGAUAAACACCUCUUUCUUUUUCUUUCUUUCUUCCUUCCCUUGUCAAAUUCCCCCGCAGGAAGAACCAACCAACAAACAAAGAAAUGGCAACUCUCAUAUCAACGGACUUAGCCACAACUUUCAUCAACUUCACAUCACGUUGUCACCGCCACCGCCACCAACCCCAAACCCCGCCUCUCUCCGUGAUCAGAACUACGGUUCUCCCUCUCCUCUUCAAACCCACCACCAUCAGUACCCUAUCCCUUUCUUCCAAAACGAAUUGCACGAUUAUCUCCACCUCCAAUUUCUCCAAAACUAACCGCUUUCGCCGGUUCUCAGUAUCUGCCGUCGCUACUACGACUCCUCAGACCGAAGAUUCCGAUGUUUCUUCAAAAAUUCCGCCUGAUAAUCGCAUUCCCGCUACCAUAAUUACCGGCUUUCUGGGCUCCGGCAAGACAACAUUACUCAAUCACAUCUUGACUGCAGAUCACGGGAAGCGCAUAGCAGUGAUAGAGAAUGAGUAUGGCGAGAUAGACAUCGAUGGCUCUCUCGUUGCUGCUAAAGCUGCUGGGACUGAGGACAUAAUCAUGCUUAACAAUGGCUGUCUCUGCUGUACUGUAAGGGGUGAUCUUGUGAGGAUGAUUGGAGAGCUAGUCAAUAAGAAGAAAGGGAAAUUUGACCACAUUGUAAUAGAGACUACAGGAUUGGCAAAUCCAGCACCAAUCAUUCAGACAUUUUAUUCCGAGGAUCAGGUUUUCAAUGAUGUCAAGUUGGAUGGUGUUGUUACUUUAGUUGAUGCCAAACAUGCUGGUUUUCAUCUGGAUGAGGUCAAACCCAAGGGUGUGGUCAAUGAGGCGGUAGAGCAAAUUGCUUAUGCUGACCGCAUAAUUGUAAACAAGACUGAUCUUGUUGGUGAACCGGAAAUUGCUUCCUUGGUUAAACGGAUAAGGAACAUCAAUCGAAUGGCUCAUCUCAAGCGCACAGAGUUUGGAAAAGUUGACUUGGAUUAUGUUCUUGGAAUUGGGGGGUUUGAUUUGGAGAGGAUUGAGAGUUCUGUCAAUGAUGAAGGUGGAAAGGAAGAUCAUGCUCACCAUAGCCAUGAUCAUGAUCAUGACCACGAUCAUCACCAUCAUCAUCAUGAUGAACAUGACCAUAAACAUGAACAUCAUCAUGAUGAUCAUUCCCUUGAUCAUACUCAUGACCCAGGGGUUUCCUCUGUCAGCAUAGUUUGUGAAGGGAGCUUGGAUCUUGAGAAGGCUAACAUAUGGCUAGGUACAUUGCUGUUGGAAUGUAGCGAGGACAUUUAUCGGAUGAAAGGUCUUCUUUCUGUUCAGGGUAUGGAUGAGAGAUUCGUCUUUCAGGGAGUUCAUGACAUGUUCCAAGGCUCACCGGAUCGAUUAUGGGGUACAGAUGAACCCAGAGUAAACAAGAUUGUAUUCAUUGGGAAGAACUUAAAUGCACUAGAAUUGGAGAAGGGUUUUAAAGCUUGUUUACUAUGAUCACUGGAUAAGACCAUUUUGACCUUAUAUAACCUGCCUGGCUCCUCUCCUCUCUUGGCUGACCAUUUUAUGAAUACAAAAAUACCUGAACAUGUAAGCCUGUCUGGAGUCAGGUGAUUGCCAAUGUAUCCGCUAAUAGUGAUGGAGACCCAGGAUUUCUCGUACUACUAAACGUUUGCUGUUGGAAUAUGAAAUCUCAUACUACUAUCAUUUUCUUCACCUUAAAGCCUUUUUCUAGGUGGGAAGCAAGAAUCACCUUCCACAGUUGGAGAGCAUUGUGACU